GACAUCAUUGGUGCGCAUGUGUUGACAAUGAAGGCAUUAAUGGCGACAAAGUCUUAACAAUUGAUUGAAAUAAGUGUUUGUUUGGCCACAAAACGAGUCAAUCGGUGAUAAUGUCGACGAAAUCACAAUCGGGUCCAUCGUUUCGUAUGUCUGAAGGCGAUUGGAUCUGUGACGACGAGAAUUGUCAAAAUGUGAAUUUUGCCCGAAGAAUGAAUUGCAAUAUCUGUGGUAAAGACAAACCAAUGGAUGAGCGGCUUAAAGACAAGGAGGACGCGAAACGCAAAAUUGGUCACGAGAUCGGUAAAGCGGCCGCCGAGAAGUCAAAGGGACUCUUCUCGGCCGAUGACUGGCAGUGUGGACGGUGCGGUAAUGUCAAUUGGGCCCGAAGACACACCUGCAACAUGUGCUCCGCUCCGAAAUUUAGUGACAACGAGGAGAGGACUGGUCUCGGAGGUGGUUAUAAUGAACGCGACCAACACAUCGAAUACAAAGAAAGGGAGGACAGCGACGAUGAAUACGACGACUUCGGACGCAAAAAGAAGAAGUUUAGAAAAGGAGACAACGGUAAGGAUGACAACAAUAUUAGUGAUAAUAAUCGGAAAGAUAAACGUGAAGACAAAGAUGAUGAAGAAGAAGAAGAUAAGGCAGACGUUUCUAAAUAUAAGUUGAAUUCGGAUGAAGAAAAAGAGGAAGAGGAAGACGUUUCCAAAUACAAGUUGAAUUCAGAUGACGACGACGAGGAUGAAGAAGAAGGAGAUGUUUCCAAAUAUAAGUUGAAUUCAGAUGACGACGACGAGGAUGACGAAGAAGGAGAUGUUUCCAAAUAUAAGUUAGAUUCAGAUGAAGACGAUGAUGAAGAUGAUGACGACGAGGAUCUUUCAAAAUAUGAUUUGAGUGAUUGUGUCAACAAUAAAAAGUAACAAUUGAU